AUGUCUCACCGGAAGAUGAAGAAGGCCUCUCAAGUCCAAAGCAGCUCCAAGAAUGAUUUCACAGAGACUCCUGUUGUCAAAGGACCCAAUAUGGACUCUCUGGGAUUUUUGGCUAUGGAUAGCAACGUCCCCGGUCUGUCCCAGGUCAUCCUUCAGAAGCUUAACAUGAAGAGCUACGAUGAAUACAGGUCUGCCAUGGAAGGCAAGAAACCCAGUGCAGAAUUUGGCAUCCGAUCCUAUUUCGAGAUGUUCCAGAAAAUGGAGGACACGUUCAAAUUCUGCGCCGAGUGCAAGAAGCUUCCCGAAUCACUGCCCGACCCCAAAAGCCUGCGGAGGUGUAAAAGGUGCCAGAAUGUCUAUUACUGUGGCUCAGAGUGUCAACGGGCCAACUGGCCCAUCCACAAGAAGUUCUGCAAGAAACUGAAACUGGUGGCUCUUGACCGGCUGAUGGAGUGGCUUACGUUCACAGGUGACAUCCCUUUUCCCACAACUCCCUGGACGAAACGCAUCCAGGAGGUAAGAGUCUGGGAAGACUGGUUUUCCAUGCAGAAAGAUCUGGACGAGAAGCUACGCUCCAUCCUGACUGGCCGUUACAUGAAUAUUCUCUGGGCCAAUGCAGGGAAACCAAAGCCAGACGAGGUGGAGUUGGUGGAGUCCAUCAAACGGGUGACCACAGACUUUGUGUCUAGGCCCACCACCAUUGGCCUAGGGCUGCACGUGUUUCGGAUUGAUCCCUACGCAAAACCGAUCGUCGUGCACGUGGUUGGGGCUUCCCACGUGGAGACCCUCAACGCCCGGGUAACGGAUUAUGACGAGCUGUCCCGCAUGUUUCCUAAACACCAGGGCAUCGAGGUGGUGAUGGUGGGCCUCGACGUAGUAGACGGGCCCAUCAUGAGGCCUCCGUUGGUGGCCUUCGGGCCUCGAGAGAGGGUCUACCUCAGCAGCUACAAAGGCCUUUAUCACGAUUUCUGGGAGUCGCAAGUGGAGACUCGGGAGGCAAAUCGGCCUGACCUCGUUGUCGGCUUCCAUCCUGGUUUCCACUCCUGCCCUGAUCUAAUGGAGAGCUGGCUCCCGACUUUGCUGCUCCUGAGAGACUACAACAUCCCCUCGCUCUUCACCGUUUACAGCGAGCAAGAGCUCAAAUAUUCCCUGAAGAUCACGAUGGAGCUGGAGAUGCAGAUCACAGGCUGCGGCCCCAACCCCUUCACCUCCCUCAAACCGGAGCAGGCCUAUUCCAACCCCAACAAGCCUCCUGUCUACUGCAACUCCCACUAUUUCAUGUUCUGUGGAUUGUCCGGCUCUCCAGACAACGAAGAGCUGGAAGCAGAUGAGAGUGAAAAUAAUUAGAA